UAGCGACGUCUGUCACCACUGUACCUGGAUGAGACAGUCCUGCAUCCAGCUGUAUUCUUACGUAUUGUUUAAAGCGUAUCGCAAGACUCGACACGAUCAUCUGACAACUGAAAAUUACGCCUGGCCCUUAAUCGUAAAGGUUGGCAAAUCAAAGCCAACUGACCCACGAAACUGCGUUGCUGUCUGUUGCUAAGAAGAGGGGCGCCGCCGCAUCUGUUGCCGGGGUGAAUUGAUUAAAAUGUUAGCAUCCAGCUAGGUAGCAAUAUUUCUAGAUCUCAGGCGCAACAACGAGGUUUAAAUCGAGAAUGAAUCAUGUCCUCUCCUGCUAGACAGCACUCGAGAUGAAUCAACACUAAUUUUCGUGUUCGGUUUCGGGGCUCUACAUUCCGCCCGAACAGGAAGACGGACCUUAAAAUGUAGAAAUUGGGUACAUGUAAGGUUAAAGAGCUAACUGCAGCUAGCAGACUAGCUUCAUGAAAUACAACUAUAAUCUAUGCGGCUGCCGCAAAACGUAGCUGCACUGCCAGCCAACAUGGACUGUUUGUUUUCCGUUCAGCCCGACGUUGUUAGAGAUGAAUAAAACGAUUGUAGUGUAUUCGACCGAGAGCUAGAAGGCCGAUGCGACAAUGGAGUCUUUCCUGCAGAUAGCUCCCCAUUCUUUGGCUAUAGUGCUAUCCAGGGUCGGGGCUGGGGAGGCGUUAGGGGGCAGGGUGUCUGAAAGCGACGAGUUCCCGAGACACCACACCGGCUAUGAGAUUUUUGCCGAUUUUAAAGCAGAAAAUACCCAGCAUCAUGUAUGGAACCAGCGGAUUACAGAGGCCGUGUCCGAGACUUUCUUCCUGGGAUGGAUUGACGAGCAUGUGCUAUUAAUUCAAGGCAAGGAAGACCACCUGGAGGUGCUGAGGGAGGGAUGGAUGCGGAGGUCUCUUAAUCCGCCUCGGGGAUUCACCAUUAAAUACCUCGCUGCAGUCAAAGAGAAACUGGGCUGUAUCUCUUUGGGAAUAGGGUUGGAAUAGCAAUACUGAAAGCAGACAGGGCAUGUGCUUCCAACCCUGGGUGUCUGUUUCAUCCUGAGAAGUCUUCUACAGUAAACUGGACUCAGGGGUAAGUAAA